CGAGCCUGCUUGCAAAAGCUAAACAGGCCCCGAACAAAGCAUCCCAUACAUAAGAGCCAGCAUUCCAUCUGAACCCAUUGCCUCAUUCUUUUCCGACCAAUUGCAGCGAUUUUAACGAUCCGUGGUUGCCGCUUGCGCUGUCAAACGACGAAAUCGAAGUUCCAUUGUCGUGCCUCGCUGCCUUCGGUCAUGAGCGACCAGAAGUAAUCGCGUCUCGCCGACUCCGAUCCGCCCACCUCACCAGAGAAGACAACAUGGAGAGCAUUGGCGGCAUAAUCUCGGGUCCUGAUGUCGUGGAUGCUGCCCGUGAGCUUCCUAAGUCGACGAAGCACAUUCAGAACUUGCUACGGUUCUCGAUCGAACGCGAUGUCGUGUUGCAACCAAAUCCAAAGAAAAAGGGCGGAUAUCGCAGCAUCAAUUGGAAACGGCCAACUAACAUCGAAGCCCUCUUGAUGCAUGUCACAGGCGUGGAACCCGAAGUGGAAUGCAACUACUGCAAUAAAAACCAGGGUCCCUUUAUGAAUUGCAUCGUGUCACGGGACAAUACAGGCAAUGGCGCCUGCGCAGCCUGCCAUUACAACUCUGGCAGCAACAGAUGCAGUUUUUUCCUGGGAGAACAAAGUUAGUGCAGCCGUCUUCCAACACG